AUGGAUGCCGAUAUCGAUCACAUCGACACCGAUGAUGAUGAUGACGACGAAGCUGGUGCAUUCAGCAUUGCCAAUGACCGCCACAGUGAGGACGAUGACGCCCUCACUGGUGAAGACAACGUUCUUUCAGCAGUGCACACGAAGCGCACUGCUGUUGACAAGGAUGAUUCAGCAGAGGAAUUUCUGCUGACUCGCGAAGCGGUUGUCCGCUUCGUUCAAGACUCUAUUGCAGAUGCAUUGGACAGACAGAAGAGAAACGCAGACAAAAAUGAAAGAGCAAAUGUUCUUUCAUUUAUUGAAGGAGAUCCAGUUUUACUAUACACAGCAAAUCUACCUAAACAUGGAGUGACAAACGUGGGCAGCAGUAAAUUAUUGCACAAGUGCAUCGGUCCAUUUCAUGUUUUGCGCCGAACGAGCAACGCAAACACGAUUUAA